AUGGAAAGUAAGAAAAGUCUUUUCCAAACAAAACUUCUAGAGUCUGAAGAAAACAAAGCUACAAAUAGUUCAAGUUUAUUUCCCCGGGAAGAAUACGAACGAGUAAUUAGUCGCCUGAAUGAACUUAAACAAUCUAAUCCUACGAAGACUAAGCAGGAUUAUCGUUUGUUACAAAAAUAUGAAAUACUGGAGGUCACAAUUGAGGGUACCACCGUGCAAAAGUUGCAGAAGAAAGGAACUCAGCUGCGAUUCGUUUGUGCUGAAGAUGUGUUUGAUGUACUUCUAGCUAUUCAUCGCAUAAUUGGCCACGGAGGAAGAACUAGUAUGUGUAAGGCAACCAAAGAAAAAUAUGCAAACAUUUCACGUGAUCAGAUAACGCUGUUCUUGCAGUAUUGUGAGGAAUGUCAGCUAAAGAAAAGUAGUGUGCGGAAGUGUAUGGUUGUCAAGCCAAUCGUCUCGAACAGCAUGAAUUUUCGAGCUCAGGUUGACUUGAUUGAUAUGCAGAGUCAACCAGAUGGGAAGUACCGUUUCAUUUUCAAUUACCAGGAUCACUUGACCAAGAUGAUAUGCCUUCGAGCCCUACAGACUAAGACUGCCGAGGAGGUAGCUUUUCACCUGGUUGACAUUUUCUGUGAUAAAGGAGCCCCUCAUAUUCUUCAAUCUGACAAUGGGAGAGAAUUUUCAAAUAAGGUAAUCAAGGAAGUUCUGGCUAUGUGGCCAGAAUGUAAGCUAGUUCAUGGGAAACCAAGAUAUUCUCAAUCACAGGGUUCCGUGGAACGAGCAAACAGAGAUGUUGAAGCAAUACUCGCUUGCUGGAUGAAAGAUAACAACACUACACAAUGGUCAAAUGGACUGCGCUUUGUUCAGUGGCAGAAAAACACGCGCUUCCAUUCUGGAAUUGGCAGGACACCUUAUGAAGCCAUGUACGGAGAAAAGGCUCAUCUUGGUAUUUCUGCUGUCAACAUACCAGAAGAAAUAAUGGAAGGCAUGGAGACAGAGGAGCAGCUUGCAGAAGCACUUUGUUUAGUUAAUGAAGAAGAUCAAAAUGUAGAACAGGGGAGAAGUCCUGAAAGUUGUGCCAUAAAUUGCAACUCGAGUGGUCAAAACAUUCCAUGUCAUCCUUCUGGUCAGUGUUGUUCAACUGUAAAUGACAAUGUUGAUGAUCCUGUGCUCUGUUGCCUAUGCAAUAGAAAUCGUAGCAUUCAGGCUGAACGAAGGGAAUCGAAAAUACAAGAAGAGAAGCAAGCUAAAAAAUUGAAGGAUAAAUCAGUACAGCGUUUCAAGCCAGCCCUUGCAGGGGACACUGUCAUGGUUCCUAUUCCACUUGUUGACCGUGGACGAGCGGAGUUUGCGAAUGCAAAGGCAAUUAUAACUGAGACAAUGGAUGGCGGAACUUACAAACUAGGGACAAAACAUGGUUUACUUAAACAGGUGUACAGUCGGAAUCAGUUCACUUUAUGUGCUGAAAAAUUUAUGUCACUCGAAGAGGUAAUAAAGGAUCGCGAAGUCAGUCUGCGAGAGGUAGCUGUUGCAGACUCGAUGGGACAUGGCCAGGGGAUCACAGCUAUUGGGGUAACUUUACAAAAUGACCAACGAUACUAA